AUUCGGUGCACCGAUUGUCGCCUCAACGCGCGUUCGUUGCGAACACAAGCUGAAGCCACAUCCACGAACGACGAUAGCGGUUAUGACGCGCCGACGCGUGCGCAGCGGCACGAGCAACAGCAGCAGCAGCAGCAGCAAUCGGAGGCGAGGGAGGAGCGGAAGCCGCAGCACCAGCAAUGCUGUCGGUGUUGCUGCUGGUGCUAUCAGCAGCAACGGCGGCGGCGGUGGCGGCGACACAAAGAGUAAACGGGCGUCGAGGUCUGCCAGUCGAAACAGAGGCGCAGCCACCACUGCUGACACAUCACAACACACAGCAACACCAGCAACAAGCACACGCGCAACAACGGCAAGCACAGCACACGCAGAGGCGCGAGGCCGAAUUGGGAGCAGAAGUGCUGCAAGUCGUGUGGGCAGAUCGGCGGCAGCAACAACAACAACAACAACAACAACAACAGCAACACCGCCACGCCGCGGGCUGUCCUUCUUCACCCGCCGCGCCCUGCGCAAGAAACGGAAAGCAAUUAUGCAGGCCGGGAUCAACGCGCACGCGAGCGCCGACGAAAGCGAAAACCGCUUCCACACAGAAGCAUCGUCAGGCACCAGCAAGCAGACUGACCAGCUGCCAACAUUUCUUGAUAUGCAGCUUCCCCAACAGGGGCAGCAACACCACCACCAACAACAACAACAACAACACACAGAGAACCACCACCAACAGCAACAACAACAACAACAACAACAACAACAACAACAACAACAACAACAACAACAACAACAACAACAACAACAACAACAACAGCAGCAGCAGCAGCAGCAGCAACAGCAACAGCAACAGCAACAGCAACACUCAGAUCAGCAGCAACAACAGCAGUCGCUGCCCACACUUUCACACGAGGCAUUCUCCAAUGCACUCACAGACACAGACACGGCCGAGUUUGAGAUGGCAACUGCGCCGUCGCAGCCACGCCCGCAGUCUCCAAAGCGGCCCACACUCAAGAUCCGCUCCCGCUCCAACUCCCCCAGCCCGCGCGCCGUCCCAUAUGCAGACGUGCACGCGCACAGGAGACGUGCCCACUCGUCCUCGCUCGCCAACAGCACAUCUGCUGGCAGCGCACGCAAGCCGCCGAACAAGGAGUUCCGCCAGCGAUGCUACACGACGCCAGACAACGCCAACCUGCCUGACUAUGCAGCCAAACCAGUGCUCCGCUCGCCUUACGAUGACAACGAGUUGAUGCCACCGCCGCCGCCGCCGCAGCCACAGAAUGUGCGCUAUGUUGUCAACACGAAGAUUGAGGAUGAUCUCGCAAAACUCUUCAACGUCGCCCUUGGCGGCCUGGCCGCACCCACAUCCCAACCGCCACUGCGCAACCGCGAUCUCCCCGAUUCCUUUUGGAACCCGGCCAGCAAAUCGAUGGUGGCCACGCUCGGCGAGCAGCUGAUGCAGCCCAACAGCAGCAGCAGCAGUAGCAGCGCUGCGCCCGCAACAUCAAACCUGGGACGCACCGUGUACACCCCCGAGAAGGGUGUGGUGGUGACAUCGCAGUCUGUGUCGGCGUCACCGCAGCAGUACUCGCGCAGCAACACCAUCUCCACGGCCUCCCCCGCUGGCGCGCGCUAUGUCAGCAGCAGCAGCAGCAGCAGCAACAGCAUGCAGGGGGUGCGGCAGUUUCCUCACCGCCAUAACAGCGCCAGCCACCACCAUAGCCAUCAGCAUCAGCAGCACCGCGCGUCGUCAUCGAGUGUGCAUGCCACGCCGGUGCGUUCCGCGACACAGCCUGCGAGCUCCCUGGCCAACUUCCGGAGCGGCAGCUUUGGUGGCCCCAGCUCAUCGUCCGUCAAGCAGUCGCUGUUCCAGCCCAUGUCCACCUCCGCCAGCACAUCCGUUGCCACCAGCACAUACAACACGGCCACGACGGUGUCCAGUGCACAGGCCACGCGCGCCUUCACCUCCACCAUCCCGGCGUCUUCGUCGUCCACGUCGUUCCAGCCGGCCGACGACCACACUGUCAGCAGCACCGUCACAUGCACGUCAACCGCCCUCCCCACGGCAGGGCACGGCCAGAACCAGCGCACGCACGCGCUCAACGCAAGCCCAGAGAGCAUGCAGAAGCACGAACUCAACACGGCGUUUGUUCGCCCGUUUGACAAGAGCGCGCACCACACAGCGGACGCCCCACGCGAGGCAGACAUCACACCCCCGGAUAUGCAGCUUCUGCAUGACACGAGCGACCCUUUCGCUCUCACUGCCGGCCGCUCCAACACGCACUCGCCCUUCACUCUCCCAGACUUUACCGGCAUGAACGGCUCCCCCAACAACUCAGACGAGCUCCCUGCCUUGCCUGAUUUCACGGGCUCCUUCGAGGGCACGGACGACGGCAUGGAUCUGUUUGGCAACGUGGGCGACCUCAUUGACGCAGAGCUCACGCUCCUCGGAAUGCCGGACGCGAACCCGGGCCUGUUUGAGGACUUUGCUCGCCCGUUUGCACAGCACAGCGACAGCCAGCAACAAUCACACCAGCAGCACCAACAACAGCAGCAACAGUCGCAACAGCAAUCACAACAACAGCAGCAGCAGCAGCAGCCGCGUCGUGCGUCGUCAACGCAGCACAUGCAUCAUUAUCAGCGCCACUUCAACGUGCAGCACACAACAACCCUGUAG